AUGGAUGCUGAUGAAUUAGAGUUAAAGGGACGUUUGAAAAACUUGAAAAAAGAGGAAUUGCUUAAAAGGAAACAACUUAAAGAGAACAGCACUAGAAAGAGAGAGCUUGAGUAUAAGAGCACUUCAAGAAACACUUCAAUAUAUAUUUCUGACCUUCCCACGGACAAAAUAACAAAAGAAGAGCUCAUUAAGCAGUUCUCCAAGUAUGGCAAGAUAAGAAUUAGUCGAGAUGGGGAACCCAUUUGCAAACUAUACAUGAAUGAUAAACAUCUUCCGAAAGGAGACGCUCUGAUUACUUAUUGUAACGAAGAAAGUGUUAUAUUGGCAAUUGAAAUGAUGGAUGAGUCAACUUUCCUUGCAAAGCAGAUCAAAGUGGAAAGGGCCCAGUUUCGAGACAAAGAAAAUGAAAGUAUGGUCAGGAAAGAAGAAAACUCAAAUGAGUUACGUGAAGCUGAACUUCCAAUGAAAAGGCCUAAAAAAACAAGAUCCGAGAAGCAGGAAGAGAUUAUAGACUAUAAUGAUGAUGAAAGCUUGGCCAAAGCUGACCGAACCGUGAUAUUUGCCAAUUUGUUGAAUAUUUACAAAGAAUACACAAAUGAUGAUAUAGCUGAUAUUGAAGACGAUCUUUUAGACGGUUGUGAAGAAGUAGGUCAAGUGGAAAGCGUUUCUAUUUUGCCCGACAAAGGAGAAGCAAUUGUUGUUUUCUGGAAAGGUAGGGAUGCAAUACAAUGUUGCAAAGUCAUGAGCGGACGCUAUUUUGACGGACAAAAGUUGCUUGCAUUCAUGUUAGGAGAUAAAAAUACUUCAGGAACAAGUGACGAGAAUGAAGAAAGUGGUGUGGAAGAUGAUCUUAUAUAG